GCUCUCUGUCUAUGAUGGGGCAGCUGAGUUGUUUGCAGCCUGUGGUAGCACUGCUGAGUGUAACCUCUGUGGGAAGCUUUGCCUUGUUCUGACCCUCAGGUGAACGAGCCGGUGUGCAACUCUCAGCUACUGACAGUCAUGGCAACCAUUGUCAUGGAGAAGAUUGGUCGACUCUUCAUCAGCCUUCAGCAAAUCAGGGAGGUUCCCAGGAUACUAACCGAUGCUGCACCCUCCAUGCCUGGCACUGUCAGAGACACUGAGGUCCCCUACUACUUCAGGGAGCGCUACGUCUGCACCGGUUACCGACCACUCAACCAGAACUGGCGAUACUACUUCUUAUCUUUAUUUCAGCGGCACAAUGAGACCAUCAACGUCUGGACUCACCUUCUAGCUUUUCUAAUUGUUCUGGUUAAACUGCGGCAGCUCUGUGAGACUGUCCACUUUGUUAGUGAUCCUCAUUCAUGGCCUCUGUUUGUCCUGGUCCUGUCUUCUUUGAUCUACUCUGCAUUCAGUGCAUUAGCCCACCUACUUGGGGGCAAGUCUGAGAUGUAUCACUAUGUCUUCUUCUUUCUGGACUAUGUUGGGGUGGCACAGUACCAGUUUGGCAGUGCCAUAGUCCACUUUUAUUACGGCGUGGAUGAGAGCAUGCACCGUCACGUCAAUGGGAUCUUCAUGCCGACUGCCACCAUUCUCAGCUGUCUGUCCUGCCUGGGGUGCUGCUACGGUAAAUACUGCAACCACCGCCUACCAAGCUCGGUGCGCAAGGUGUGCCAGGUGGUUCCCUCUGCACUUGCCUAUACCUGGGACAGCAGUCCUGUAGCUAAAAGACUCAUGUCCUGGUCCACAGAGACCAACGACCCGGCUGUGUUCUAUCACUUUGGCCAGGUGGCUUUCUUCCUCAGCUGUUCCUUCUUCUUCACCUUCCCCCUGAUGGAGAGCUGCUUACCUGGGCGCUGCGAUUUUGUUGGACAGAGUCAUCAGAUAUUCCAUGUUUUCCUGUCGUGCUGCACCUUGUGUCAGAUCCAAGCUUCCUACCUUGACUUUACGGGCCGUAGAGAGCUGUACUCAGGUCUGCAUGGGAGCGGGGAGGCGGCUCUCUUUGUGGGACUCUAUGUGGUCACUCUGGUUGUGUGUUUUCUGAUUGCUGUUGUCGUGCUAAGGAGAGUUAAUCGAGUGCUUGAUUUGAGGAACAAGUCAAAGUAAUAGAUUAGAUGUAGUAGGAAGUGUGUGCAGAAGCAUCGUAUGCCUUUCCUUUCACACUUAGUGUCAUGCUAUAAAGGGUACUAAUUAUUUGCUGCAACCCAGUGUUAUGUAAAUGGAUGUUGAAACAGGAAUAUUGCAUUAUAGUUAGUUGCAGACAAUAGAAGAGAAACAUGAGACUAUCAGGAGUUAGUUUUAUGGUAAAGACUUGAGAUCAAAUAUUUUAAAUGAACUACAAUAUCAGCAUUUUUUAUUCAUCGGUUUGAAACAAGAACAAAUCUGAUUCCUUAAACUAACAUCACUGCUGACAGUCUGGACUAAUUUACAAGAAGUUGUUGCAGUUUAUAAUUUUGUACAGAAGCGUAUUGCAUUCACAUGAGCAAAAAUUGCCCCGUUUUUCUGAAUUAAAGCUGCUGUUGGUAGGAAUGGUGGAAAAAAUGUUACUUUU